UGGUUCGAACGGAUGAGCAUGUUGGUCAUCUUACUGAAUUGUGUCACCCUGGGAAUGUUCCAACCCUGCGAAGACAAUACUUGUGACUCGGAGCGCUGCAAAAUUCUCCAGGGUUUCGAUGAUUUCAUCUUUGCAUUUUUCGCGGUGGAGAUGAUUGCCAAGAUGGUAGCUUUGGGAAUCUUUGGCCCGAAAUGUUACCUCGGUGACACGUGGAACCGUCUUGACUUUUUCAUUGUUAUUGCCGGCAUGUUAGAGUAUUCACUGGACCUACAGAAUGUCAGUCUAUCAGCUGUCCGUACUGUGAGGGUACUGCGACCGCUUCGAGCCAUUAACAGAGUUCCCAGUAUGAGGAUACUGGUGACACUGCUGCUGGACACUUUGCCUAUGUUAGGCAACGUACUUCUCCUCUGUUUCUUUGUCUUCUUUAUUUUUGGCAUUGUCGGGGUCCAGCUGUGGGCAGGAUUGCUGCGAAACAGGUGCUUUCUCGAAGAGAACUUUACAAUACCUGCCUCUCAAGGGCUGGAUCGAUAUUAUCACACAGAAAAUGAUGAUGAGAAUCCCUUCAUAUGUUCCCUCCUGAAGGAUAAUGGAAUGCGCUAUUGUCGCAGUGUGCCCCAAAGAAGAGUGAAUAACAUUGAAUGUACCCUCGACGAUACAAGUUACUACCUGUUACUGAGUAACAACACGGACAAUAUCAGCUGUAUAAACUGGAAUCAGUACUAUACCCAGUGCCAACCUGCUGAUCACAACCCAUUCAAAGGAGCCAUCAACUUCGAUAACAUUGGCUACGCGUGGAUAGCAAUAUUUCAGGUUAUAACCUUGGAAGGAUGGGUUGACAUCAUGUAUUUUGUCAUGGAUGCUCAUUCGUUUUACAAUUUCAUCUACUUUAUCCUUCUCAUCAUAGUUGGAUCAUUUUUUAUGAUCAAUUUAUGUCUAGUCGUCAUAGCCACCCAGUUUUCCGAAACCAAGCAGCGUGAAAGCCAGCUGAUGAAAGAGCAGCGGGUUCGCUUCAUGUCCAACGCCAGCACACUGGCCAGUUUCUCUGAGCCGGGGAGCUGCUAUGAUGAACUCCUCAAGUACAUUAGUCACAUGGCACGGAAGGCCAGGCGUGAGGUGGUGCGUGUGUGCCACCUAGUGGUGAGCCGGAGGAGCCACCAAGCCGGCGGCAGGACCGGGCCAGGCCCACAACCCCACAAACGACGGAAACGCAAGCGGGCAUCCUCUGUCCACCACCUGAUCCACCAUCACCAUCACCACCACCACUACCAUGUCAGCAACGGGAACCUGCGGGCCCCCCGAGCCGGCCCGGAGAUCAGAGACGCGGAGACUGACCCUGCCCACCACAGCACCGCCAACCGGCUCAUCGUCCUGCCCUCACCCCUGGCCAAGCUGCACCCUCUCCCAGCGCCCGCCGCUCCCGCCAACACUGAGUCCGUCCACAGCAUCUACCAUGCCAACUGCCACAUCGAGCCGGUGCAGUGCAAGUCCUCCCUCAGGCAGGGGGCAGCAGACGGAGGCCAGAGGACGACCGAUGUCAGGAGUUACCCAACCUUGCAGCCAGGCUCCCAGCACGAGGUGAUCAACCUCAAUGGCAACGGGGAGAAGACCCUCAAGGAUGCAACCAUGAAUCCUGACAACGCAAUGGCAAAUCUCAACAUCCCGCCAGGACCGUAUCGCAAAAUGCAUCGACUCCUAGAAACACAGAGUGCAGGCCAUUGUAAAAGCUCCUGCAAGCUAUCCGGUCAUUGCCUGCCCUAUGGCUCUCCUGGUGGAACAGCUGACAUCCUGAACUGCGACCCGCAGAGCUGCCCCAUUUGCAUCAGGGGCAGUGAAUCCGAGGUGAGGGAGAAUGAGACGCUGGAUUCAGACAGCGAGGGAGUGUACGAGUUCACCCAGGACACCCACUACACUGAUCAGAGAGACCCUCAGCGCAGUCAAUCGCGAGUAACCACAGCAAACAAGUGCUGGACGUUUUGGAAGCCGGUCUGUGACACUUGCCGUAAGAUUGUUGACAGCAAGUAUUUUGGUCGGGGAAUUAUGAUUGCUAUUCUCAUCAAUACAUUGAGCAUGGGGAUUGAAUAUCACGAACAGCCAGAAGAGCUUACAAAUGCCCUGGAGAUCAGUAAUAUUGUCUUCACCAGCCUGUUUGCACUGGAAAUGCUUCUGAAGAUCCUGGUGUAUGGACCAUUCGGUUAUAUCAAGAACCCUUACAACAUUUUCGAUGGCAUCAUUGUCGUCAUCAGUGUGUGGGAAAUUGUCGGACAGCAAGGCGGGGGCCUCUCGGUGCUGCGUACCUUCCGCCUGAUGCGGGUGCUGAAGUUGGUACGGUUCAUGCCAGCCUUGCAGCGCCAACUGGUGGUCCUGAUGAAGACAAUGGACAACGUUGCCACCUUCUGCAUGCUGCUGAUGCUUUUCAUCUUCAUCUUUAGUAUUUUGGGAAUGCAUCUUUUUGGCUGCAAGUUUGCUUCAGAGAAAGAAGGAGACACACUUCCUGACCGAAAGAAUUUUGACUCGCUUCUCUGGGCUAUUGUAACAGUCUUCCAGAUAUUGACUCAAGAGGACUGGAACAAGGUCUUGUACAAUGGAAUGGCCUCGACCUCUCCGUGGGCUGCUCUAUACUUCAUCGCCCUCAUGACAUUUGGCAAUUACGUUCUCUUUAACUUGCUAGUUGCCAUUUUGGUGGAAGGAUUUCAGACUGAGGAGGUCCAGAAGCGGGAGGAUGCGAGUGGGCAGUUAAGCUGUAUUCAGCUGCCUGUCGACUCGUCUGGGGGAGAUGUCUCGAAGUCGGACUCAGAGGCUGACUUUUUUUGUCAGAGCCUUGAAGAUGACAGUGGAAGCAAAAAGGACCUUCCAAACACUACCUUGAUGGCAGUGAAUGGCCACGUGGAUGUCAAAACCAGUCUGACUCCACCGCUCAUCAUCCACACCAACGCCACGCCAAUGCCAACCCCAAAGGGAAUGCUUUGUGGAGAUUCUGCACAUUUAUACGAGUCCCGCAGAGGAAGCAAUGUGUCAAUCGAUCCAAACUUUUAUGAGCAAAAAUCACCAACUAGUGCACGUAGCUCCCCCUAUGCACCCUGGAGCACAGCCAGCAGCUGGAACAGCCGACGCUCGAGCUGGAAUAGCCUCGGCCGAGCUCAGAGCCUGAAGCGCAAACAUCAGACAGGAGAGCGGAAAUCCCUUCUCUCAGGGGAUGGCAAGGAGAGCUCUGAUGAAGGCGAGGGAUCAGAAGAUGAGAGAUCCAGUCAUGCAGGUAGUGGGAGGGGGCCAGGCACUCAGCGCAUGGAAUCCCUAGAAAUGAGGGGCUCUUUCGACAUUCCUGACACUCUCCAGGUACCUAACCUUCACAGAUCUCCCAGUAUCCAAAGCAGCAGGCUCCCACCAACGGAUCGCCAUGACUGUAAUGGUAAAACCUCCCCGACUGCCUUGUCGCACCAGAUCCACGUGGAUGAACAGAGAACUGAGUUUGAACACACUGAAGAUGACAUUGAUAUGGGUAAAAGAGCACGUUUGCAGGCAUGGAUUCAGGCCAAGUUGCCACCCUGUUUCAGAGAACGAGAGGGCUGGUCACUUUAUCUGUUCCCUCCACAAUCCAAGAUCCGCCUCAUUUGCAGCAAAAUUAUUUCGCACAAGAUGUUCGACCACAUUGUUCUGGUCAUUAUCUUCCUGAACUGCAUUACUAUUGCCAUGGAGAGACCGAAGAUUGAUCCUAAGAGUGCAGAGCGAAUCUUCUUGAUAUUUUCGAACUAUAUUUUCACAGUGAUCUUCUUGACUGAGAUGGCAGUAAAGUUGGUGGCUAUGGGCCUUUGCUUCGGUCAGCGGACCUAUCUGAAGAGCUCCUGGAAUAUCCUGGAUGGGCUACUGGUGAUGAUUUCUGUCAUCGAUAUACUGGUGUCCUUGGUUUCCGACAGUGGGACAAAGAUCCUCGGAAUGCUACGAGUCCUCCGUCUCCUACGCACCCUUCGGCCACUCCGUGUCAUCAGCCGAGCACCAGGCCUCAAACUCGUUGUCGAAACAUUGAUGUCAUCUCUGAAGCCCAUUGGGAAUAUUGUGGUCAUCUGCUGCGCCUUCUUCAUCAUCUUUGGCAUCCUGGGAGUACAGCUCUUCAAAGGCAAGUUUUACAUCUGUCUUGGAGAAGACACAAGAAACAUCACCAACAAGUCAGAUUGCUUCCAAGCCAACUAUAAGUGGACCCGUCACAAGUACAACUUUGACAACCUGGGGCAGGCCCUGAUGUCCUUGUUUGUUCUUGCAUCGAAGGAUGGCUGGGUCGACAUUAUGUAUGAUGGUUUGGAUGCAGUGGGAAUAGAUCAACAGCCAAUAAUGAAUUACAACCCCUGGAUGUUGCUGUACUUCAUCUCUUUCCUGCUGAUCGUCGCCUUCUUUGUGCUCAACAUGUUUGUGGGUGUGGUUGUGGAGAACUUCCACAAGUGCCGGAAACACCAGGAGGUGGAGGAGGCCAAGCGGCGGGAGGAGAAGCGCCUCAGACGGAUGGAGAAAAAGAGACGGAGUAAGGAGAAACAACUGGCUGAAGCUCAGUGUAAACCUUAUUACUCUGACUAUUCCACUGCUCGGCUUAUCAUCCACAAAAUGUGCACAAGCCAUUACUUGGAUUUGUUCAUCACUGUAGUGAUUGGACUGAAUGUAAUCACCAUGGCAAUGGAACAUUAUCGGCAACCAAAGGUCCUGGAUGAGGCUUUGAAGAUCUGUAACUACAUCUUCACGAUUAUCUUUGUCCUGGAGUCUGUAUUCAAACUGGUUGCCUUUGGUUUUCGCCGAUUCUUCAAGGAUAGGUGGAACCAGCUUGAUCUAGCUAUUGUCCUGCUGUCCAUUAUGGGGAUCACCCUUGAAGAGAUUGAAGUGAAUGCUUCCCUACCAAUCAACCCUACAAUCAUCAGAAUAAUGAGAGUUCUCCGCAUUGCUAGAGUUCUCAAGCUCUUGAAGAUGGCAGUGGGGAUGAGAGCGUUGCUGAACACUGUGAUCCAGGCUCUACCGCAGGUUGGAAAUCUCGGACUGUUGUUCAUGCUGCUGUUUUUCAUAUUUGCAGCUCUUGGAGUUGAACUUUUUGGGGACCUAGAAUGUGACGACUAUCAUCCCUGUGAGGGGUUAGGGCGACAUGCCACAUUCAGAAACUUUGGGAUGGCUUUCCUCACUUUAUUCCGAGUGUCAACCGGAGAUAACUGGAAUGGGAUCAUGAAGGAUACUUUGCGAGACUGUAACCAGGAGGGCACCUGUUAUAACACAGUGGUGUCCCCAAUCUACUUUGUCUCGUUUGUACUGACAGCUCAGUUUGUGCUGGUGAAUGUAGUCAUCGCAGUGCUGAUGAAACACCUGGAAGAGAGCAACAAAGAGGCGAAGGAGGAAGCCGAACUUGAAGCAGAGCUGGAACUCGAAUUAAAAAUGUUGAAUACUGUACAAGGGAAUGUGGACGGUGUGACAUGGGGAGGUGGUGAAGGUGGAGAUGCAGGUGACAGCCCUGGGAGUCCAUCUGAGUCACUCCAAAUCAAGAUGGAUUCGCCAUUUUCUUUAGAGCCACCAUUGGACAAGCAAUUUUUCGACAACGUGUCUCUGCUGAUCCAAGGUUCACUGGAAGGAGAGUUAACCCUCAUGGACAACCUCUCAGGUUCUGUCUGCCAUAACUACGCCAUCUCCCAGCAAAACAAAUGCUGUGCUGAGAAACAGAUCCCUCUAGCUGAGAUGGAGGCUGUUUCUCUGACGUCUGAUAUUCAGUCUGAGAAAUCGUGGUCGUUAGCACUGACGGAUGACUCUUUACCCGAUGAUGCUAACGUAUUUUUACUAAAUACGCUGGAAAGCAAUGCUGAGCAAAUCCAAGAACAGGAGGCAAAGGAAAAGAUCCCAGAGGAGAACCUGCUGACUGUGAGGAAGCCUUUUGUGGGUCGAACACACUCACUGCCCAAUGACAGCUACAUGUUUCAGCCUGUCGACCCCGCUCCCUUGCAGGGUCUACAGAGAUCAGAGAGCAGUCACAGGUUACAAUCAGGUUCCACCACCUCAGUUCAAUCUCAACCCACGGGGGCAACUGGCCACCUCCAGGUUCCCAUUGGGUUGUUCCUUCCUGUCAGCCGUCAGAGCAGUUUUGAUUCUGAAACUAUCCCGAAGAUUCCUCCCCCUCGGAGAUCUGUGAGCACUCACAGAAUGCUGCGAAGGCAGGUUGCUGUAACAAAUGACUCUCUGGAUCCACUAUAUAUGGAGUCCAAGGAAAAUUUGCAGGUACAGACUAACGAACCUUCACUCUUGAAUGUGUCAGUGCCGCAUGUGUCUGUUGUGCAACCAUCUGUGGUCUUAGUGUCUGCCUCACCAAAUGCACCAACCAAGCAUAGUGUCCACAUUCAACAGCACAGCCGUAACCAGUGCAACAUCAGUAACUUUGUGACAACGUCACCACGUCAUGUUCGGAACCCCUUCAGGGAACUUCCUAACUCAGCGGACCAGGAAGUCUCUCAAAUCAUCAGUGGCAGCAAGAGAGCUUCCAAACCUCCUAUGUGCCCUACACUACCCACGAAAAUGUGCAGCAGCACAGGAAACCUCUCCAUGAAAGAUAUCAAAAAGUUCUACAGCGUAGAUACUCAAGGGUUCUUGGCCAAGCCCACAUCGUGGUUGGACGACCCUCGGAGACAUUCAAUUGAGAUCUGCUCGUCCGUUGACACAGCUCCACAGCACCAAUUCUCAUCGGCGUCCUGUUGGGCCAUUGGCCAGGCAGUGACGGAACUGGACAGUCAGAAUACAGUACGGCCGAAGCAGAAAAUGAGCCCCCCCUGCAUUUCUAUAGAGCCACCAGAGGACCACCACACAUCGAUACAGGGCACUCGUGGGCAGGCAUCAUCCAGUGACAUGUGUUUGAGAAGGCGUGCCCCAUCCUGUGACUCAGCCCCUCACAAGGAGUCCGUGGACCUUGUAGACCCACUGCCUCCUGAAAGCACUCCCACCUCUCCUUCUCCCCCGAAGGAUUUGCUGACUCUUUCCAGUUUUUCCUUGGAUCAGACCGAGGAGGACCACUGAACUGAAUUGUUGAAUUGUUCUUUUUUGUUGCCAAAAAAAGACAACUUUUUUUCAUCCUUUCCUGACAUUAAUGAAGAAUUCUGCAUUCUGACUGGCACUGGAGGUCAAAUCCCCGCCAAUCGCCCUCUCUACCAUCCAGACAGUAACAAGGGUUACUGCAGCCCUUGCGAUGUUUCCCUGCCUUGCACUCAAGCAGGUGACUGACUGACCAUUCUCCCAGGUAGUUCUGAACAGUGGAGCGUCACUUUUUUAUAAUGUGAAAGGUGUUUCCCCUUUUGAAAUUGGGAGGUAGACUGCAGAGUGGUAGUACUGGAACUUUCCAGGAUUCGCUUUUGUAACUCAGUUUGACGCAACAAGGGAAGGUCAAUAAAUGCCAGCCUUGCCAGUGAUGUCCACAUCCCCAGAAUUAUUAUUUUUCUAAACAUUGUUAAUUGACAUCCAUUUAUCAGAUUUCAAUUGAGUUGGCCUGGGCAUUUUCCUUACUCUCUGAAAAGGCACAAAGCAAAGAUCCAGCCAUUAAUAUAUUUAGAAGAAAAAAAAGUAAUAUUUAUAAAUAAAAUAAAUUACAAUAUUUACUCAAUCUGUGUGUUUAACUGAAAUUUUUGGUUGCCUGGCAUCAAAAAAUGGCACUCCACUGUAACCAUGACUCUGAGGGGUCAUCUCAAUCUUGAAAGUUAGCAUAACCAAGUUGUGACUUUAAUACUGUAGCAGUCAUGUGGGUUACAUCCUGUUGCAGAGUUUUGCUGUUUCUGAUGUGCAUUUCCUCACCUGAUAUCUUUUACAUUUUUUAUCAAUUAGUUUGCUCCUCAGAACAUUGUUGGAACUAUAAACACUCACAUCAGUUAAGUUUGGUGAAUUGGUCCAUUUUCAAUAGCCUUUUUCCGAAACAAAAUUCCAGCCACCCAUGACUUCUGUAGGAUAGUUGCUGAGAAUUCAUUCUGCAAAGCUAAUGGAUGCUGAAGCAGUUAAGGGAAGGUGGUUCACUCCCAUUUAUGUCAACUUUGUUGUGCAGUAAGAUAUGUUGUCCCGGGAGCCCCUGGAUGGUGCCAUGAUAUUUCCAAAGAUUAACAACAACUGGAACUUGUGUUAGAUUGAAAGAUUCUGUUAAUCACUGCAAGGUGCCACAACCCAAAACUCUCAUAAGUUUCAAAUGAAUCAGUAAAUUUUCUCAAUAGGCAUAUUCUGUACAUUGAGAAAGUUAUCUCCAACUGCCAUACGUCUUUAUAUUUUGCUACCUUCUAUAUCCACGAUUGCUAUACCAAACAGAAAUAGAGUGAGGGGAGGUGGAAUGGAAACUAAAUGUGGAGCCCCUAAUCUUUGCCGAUGAUGACCGUGGCUUUUCUUUCAAAAUCAUCAUUAUAUUUUUUUUGGAAAAUAAAAGAUGAUUUCUUGAAUUCAACCUUCAUUAGGCAUGGGAUAGUUCGAAUAUUUUGUAGGAAGAGGCGUUUCCUUCAGGCAACCUUUCCUACAUUUGGCCAGAGAUUAUGGAAUUUUCCACCACCAAUACCAAACCAGAUUCCUAUUCAUAGCUUUCUGUAAUAAAAAAUGUGGACCAAUGAUUAAUUCCAAAAAGGAAAUCAAUAUUUUUGAUGAAGGUUUUUUUUCACCCACCUGAAGAAAGCAUCCAAUGAUUCCUGUUGUAUUAAUUAGAGAUCUAUAUCGUGGCAGGUGUAUGGUCUCUAAGACUGAGUCUCUCAGAGAAAUGUCUUUCUGAGUAAUUUCCCACAGCAAUAUCAUUUACAUUGGCUAUUCCCCGCAGAAAGCUUAAAGAGCUAAUGCCAUCAGAGACAGUCAGGUAAAGGCUUAUUCUAUGUGGUGGGGCCAGAGGAAUGGAGACCUGAAGGCCCUUAUAACACAAGUCACCUCGACUGCACUUUGUGGAACAAGCUGGCAAGGCCCACUUUUUGGGUCAUCUCACCAAAAACAAUACCAAUGUUUUUUGUAGGAAUGUUAACGAAUUCUGAUAUUCCAGAUUGUGCUACUGAUGUCCAAUGUAAGGAGCAGUAUUUUAAGGCGCUCAUUUUUAUCGGGCACAUUCCCAGUCACGGGCUUUCCAGUGCUACACGUGUGCAAGAUCUUUGUUCGAGAGCAUUCUACAUUGUACCCUUGUAGCUCAAUCACAUUGAUUCGGUUAGUUCAAAGCACACCAGCACUUUAACGUUGCAGAUUACUGUAUGCAAGACAGUCUGAGCAUUACAGUGAUCUUGACCAUUGCUAGUUUGUUUGCGUAUGAAUGAGUGAGUGUGUGUAUGUGAAUAAGUGUGGAAAUGUUUGUCAUAAUACUGUAGGUUAUCCAUCUACAGCCAUUGCACAUACUUUAUAGGACCACUCUUGUUAAGAUCUUACCAGCUAGAAAUAAUGUUUAUUUAAAUGUAAGUAUUUGUAACACAUUCUUUGAGCUUGAGUGGAACUCACUCCUGCACAAGGGAAAAAUUGUUGACAAUGUAAAACGUCAAAGGUUUAAAAAUAGCCACUGCUGCAACCUAUUUCUUCCUAUCCAGCUAUCUUCCAUAUAGAUUACAUUGCAGAGAAAAUACUGAUCAAAAUAGACACAGUGCAGUGCAAUGUUAAUAUUUAUGUAGUAUAUAUUAUAGAGAAAUUGUAUUUAAUAGUUGUCAAAUUCUAUGCUUUAUUCAGGUAUUUUUUUUGGACCAUAUAGUCGGUCUGUGUGAUCAGGGCAUCUAAACAAAUAGCUCUUCAAUAAGAAACUAAAGUAAGAUGAAUGGAUUCUUAUAGGGCAGAUGUUCUUCUGAGUUAAGUUAGGGAUCACCUAAACAUCCAAAAAAUAUUACGUAUGCAAUUUUGUUGACCUCAUUAUUGCUUUGACUGAUGGUUGUACUUUCCCGAGACCGGGCACUGAGGAUUGCUAUUAAUACUGAAUACUUGGAUAGAUUACAAAAAUGUAAUCUAUCUUUUAAAGUUCAACAUAAUUUAUCAGAAUCUGUCAUCUGCUACGCAUAGCGAUUUGAAAAGUGAUUUUCUGUCAAUUUAUUUAAAUCAAUACUCAACCUAAAUGUUUCAUUUUAACCUAGAGUGUAGGUUGGAUUGCCAGGGGUAGGAAGGCCUCUGCUUCCCAAGAGGACAUAAAGAGAAAAUAUUCCUUUGGUGGGGGAGUUUGGAACAAAGUCCUGCAAAACCUGGAACUCACUCUCCAAAAAAAAAGCUCAUGAAGCUUGUUGUUGGGCAAGAGUAUUACAAGGUAAUGACCACCAUAGCCAAGGUGGUCAUAGCCAAAGAUGUAAACCUACCAUGAUCUCAGAGAAUGGCAGAAUAGUUUGUAGAGGACAAAUUCCAGCCUUUCCUCUCCCCACUGAGAUCCUAAUGUAAUCCUUUAGGAAGGAAAGCAAAACAUAAGAUGAAAUGUAAGGGCCUCAAAGGGAGAUAAAUGGUGACUUAUUGAUCCACAUUUUCCUUACCUGAAUCAUCAUUUACUCAGUCCAGCCCUCCAAUGAAUAGUCCCAUUAUUAUUACUUCAGUUGGCUGAUGACCUUGUUUCACCAAAAUACUUCACACAUAGAAUUGUGUUAACAAUAUAACAGGUUCCUGAAAUCUUAAAAGCCAGAGCUUCAUUUUUGAUGUAGCUCACAGUUAGAGAGAUAGGCAAGUUUUAAGCUUGAAGCAGCACAGGGCCUCUAUACUCAAUGCAUCUAAACUCUUUUCAUUUGCUCCAUUCAACACUUGCAUGGUUAAAAAUAACUAUUUUGUAAAGUCACCCUUUUAGUUUUAAGAGAAAUUGAGGAAAAAUAGUUGGCAUAACUCUGAAGUGUUACGAGCUGAUGGUUGCUGACAAUUGGUUUAACUUUUAUGCAAAGAGUUCUGUAAAAAAUGCACACGUUGAACACUCUGAGUUGGCUGAGUGUGAAGAAUCUCCUGAUUUUUUUUUUCUUUUUAUAGAUACAUGUUAAUAGAUUUUGCCAAAGAUAGACCUACAUUUGAAAAAAGUCCCCUGCGAAAAUUACUUGAUUUUAACAGAUAGAUGGAUGAAUUGAAUGAAUGAGUGAAUGUCAAAGAUUUUUUCCAUCAAACCUGCCCUUGAAAAUAUUACAGUUCUGCAACUGGAAACAGCAACAAGGUUUUGAGCAGCCUUGUACUUCUUUGUUUUAAAACCAUGUUUUCUUCAUUACUAAAACUCGCAGAAAAAGGAUGUGUUUUUUUUAAUCCUUUCAAAAUUUGUACCAAGGGUAAGUUUGAAAAGGACAAGCAAAGAAACCAAACCCGGGGAAGAUCCUUGCUCUCAGAUUUGUACAUCUGUUUAAAAAAAAUCUUUUGAAAAUUGUUGAAGCUGCAAAGAGACUAUUUUUGCAAAAAAUAAAGAAAAAAAAAUGAAAAACUUACUUCAUGACAGAGCUGUUGUAUUUUCCAAAAAACAAAAUGCUUCCAUUUCAUAGGAAGGUCAUUCAGAAGUGUUAAUUCUGCUUUCAGGCAUCUUUUUCCAGUCAGACAUUAGAAUAAUCAAUGUUGUCAUUGGGGGUUUCAAGUGAAAUGCACACUGCUAUCAGUGCGAAAAGUAGUAUUUUACCAAAAAGUGAGGAAUGUGAAUUGAGAUGAAUUGUAUUCUGAUGUCAGCCAGCAGGGAUGAGAUUUAGAAUAUUCCAUACUGUAAUUGUGCUCUCAAGUCAUGUGAUAUUCAGGUCACACAAUCAGGUUUUACUUUUGGGAAGAAGAGAAUUUAAAAUUAACAACAAAAGAAGUAUUACCUUUGAAAUGACAGUGUUAUAUUCGUCAAACAUUACCAAACUGGAGUUCAUUGUGAGUUCGAUAAUAUAACUAGUGACAGAUUAUUCAGCUCAGCACUGCCCACCACCAUCCUCCCAAAAUUGUCAAGGUUCAAUAGCAUUUUUUAAAAUUGGUUUAAGUUUCUUUAUCAAUUAAAAUCUGUGAGAAUCAAUGUCACCAAUCUCCUGUAAAUUCUAUUUCUGUACAUGGAAUAGUAGCUAGUCUGAUGUACAUCUCUUUAGUCAAGUACAUUCUGGAAAAUUGAACAUAUUUAAUAAUAUAUAUUUAGAUAUUUGUUGUUACCGACAUGAACUGAAUCCUUUAUAGUCAAUGUGCAAUGUUUGGGAUGAAUCAAUAAACACACUGAUGCAGAAGAAGGUAUGUGUUGUAUGAUAGCCAAUACAGGGUAGGUGUAAAAUAUCACUCCCUACUCCUCCUCUUCCUGCUGGCUUGUAAGCAAGAGAGAUCUCCAGCACUUGCAGCAUCUGAAGAACACUGUCUGAAAGCAAUGUCUGAAAAUGUCCAAAUUCACUCUGAAUGGACCAGUAUCCAACCAGCUUCUCCACUGUUUUUUACAGCAGUUUUGAAAGAGAAUGAGGGGACCUUCAAAAGUAAAGCAGAGAGGAUGUGUGUUCAGUGGCAAAAUGUCUUGUAUUAACACAUUUUUGCUCCAUAUUCUUGUGCAAAACAUAGUUCCUUUUAGAUAAACAGUGUCCUAAUUUUCUCAAAUGUUUAUGCAGUAGCCCUACUUUUAUGUAGAUUUGAAAAUGAAUUUAAAUUAUGCUUUAAAAUAAAUAGAGAA